AUGCCCUAUCCUCUUCAGGAAGACCAUGGUCUUGGGACUCUGCAGUGCCGUGUAGAAGGCAACUACAUCGGCUCCCAGAAUGUUAGUGUCUCGGUAUUUAACAAAGGAAAGUCCAUAGUACAUAAGAAUGCAUGGAUGAUCAGUGCUAAACUGGAACUUUUCCUGUACCAGACACACUCAGAAAUACUAUCGGUGUUUCCAGACACGGGGAGCCUUGGGGGAAGAACAGACAUCACAAUUACAGGAGACUUCUUCGACAAUCCUGUCCAGGUUACCAUAGCAGGUAUUCCAUGUGAUAUUAGAGACGUGUCUCCCAGGAAGAUUGAGUGCACCACCAGGGCUCCAGGAAAAGGUGCAAGGCUCACUGCCCCUCAGGCAGGUAAGGAAGUAUGCAUGUCUUACAGGAACCGAGGGCUUCUGUUUGAAGUCGGAGAAGCCGUCGAGGGCUUGGAUCUCACCUCAGGCACACGGUACCAGUGGCAGAUUGUCCCGAAUGCCAGUUCACCAUCUGGAUUUUGGUCAAAAGAAGGGCUGCCCUUCAGAGCACGGCUCAGUGGGUUCUUUGUGGCUCCCGAGACAAAUAAUUACACUUUCUGGAUCCAGGCUGACAACCAAGCUUCCCUGUACUUCAGUCAUUCAGAGGACCCAAAGACCAAGGUGAAAGUGGCCUCCAUCAGGGUGGGCAUUGCUGACUGGUUUGACGCUUGGGAGCAGACUGGGCAUGACGGGACUCGGCAACGGAAGACCCCCAAGUUGGAGCUGGUUGGUGGCACCAGCUACUACCUGGAAGCAGAGCAUUGUGGGAGAGCCCCCAGCAGGGGAAUGAGAAUUGGCGUCCAGAUCCACAAUACCUGGCUGAAUCCUGAUGUGGUCAGCACUUACCACCGCGAAAAGCAGCAAAUCCGAAUCCACGCCCAGAGACUUCCGGAAAUCCAGAUGCUGACCGUGUCUGGCAGAGGGAGCUUCGUCCUUACUUGGGACAAUGUCACCAGUCAGCCAAUCUCUGGAAAUGUCACAGCCCAUCAGAUUCAAAGAGCCAUUGAGGAGUUACUUGCCGUCAAAUGCAAAUUGGAACCACUUUCGGCUAGCAGCCUACUCUGGCUUGGGUUUGAACAAGGCCCAGAAGGUUCCAGCUUUGAGGGGGACCUCACCAGUGGAACAGAGCCCUUCUGCGGGAGGUUCAGCCUCCACCAGCCUCGACAUCUUGUCCUAACACCCCCAGCUUCCCAGAAGGGCUACCAGCUAGAUCAGUACACGCACUUGUGCCUUGCAUACAAAGGCCACAAGAAUAACAUCCUGAAGGUGACCGUAUUUUUCACAACCGACUCUCAAAACUUCAUUAAGAAGAACAUCACCUGUGACUGGAGUCUUGUGGGGACCAGUCCCGACAGUUGGCGGUUCACUUGCACGGACCUCUGGGAGACCUGUGUGCGUGGCUCUGUGGAUCUCGAGCCAGCUCUGGUAAACUCCCCUGUGCUGGUUCACCAGAUCGACCUCUUCCCUCUGUCUCAGGAGACCCGUGGGUUCUAUGUGGAUGAAAUUAUUAUUGCGGACACAAACAUAACAGUUUCUCAAGCAGAUUCCGAAACAGCUCGCCCCGGGGGCAACCUGGUAGAGUCGCUCUGCGUGGUGGGAUCCCCUCCAGUCUACAACAUCAGCUUCUGGUUGGUGGGGUGCGGCCGGGAGCUCCCACUCAUCACCGCAAGCUCUGUGCCCACUGAAGGAGGACAAGAAGGAUCUGGGGUGGUCCAGGUGACAACACAGAGGAUACAGAAGACAAGCCCCCCUUUAGGAGGAUACUUCCGCAUCCAACUUCCUACCACAGAGAUUCCUGAUGUCCCCGUGCAUGUAUCAGCUAGUGACCUUCGCAAGCUUUUACAGAACAAUGCUGAUAACUUCACAUCUAGGUACCUCAACGCCAGUGACUUCGCUGUGACAGAGGAUCUAAAGUCUUGCUACGAACAUGUGUGGACCCUCUCCUGGUCCACCCAAGUUGGAGAUUUGCCCAAUUUCAUUAGGGUCUCUGAUGCAAAUCUGACUGGAGUGGACCCUGCUGCAGCCAUGCGUGUGGUGUAUGAUGGUGGAGUUUUUCUUGGACCCAUAUUUGGAGACAUGUUGGUUACCACCAACCAACACUCUCAGGUGGUUGUGCGUGUGAAUGACAUACCUGCCCAUUGCUCAGGUUCCUGUUCUUUCCAGUACCUCGAAGAGUCAACUCCCCAGGUCCACUCAGUGUGGUAUUCCCUUGAUGGUGACAUCCACCUACUGGUUUAUAUUUUUGGAACUAGUUUCUCUGGGGACCCCAAGGCCGUGGAGGGUUACGGUGAACAAAACGAUCUGCAAGAGUUCUUUUCCUCAAACGAAACAAACGUGGUCUGUCAGACAGACCUGCUGCCGGUCGGAAUGCAUCAGCUCUCCGUGGUGGUGAGGCCUUCUGGUCGUGCCAUCAACGCCAGUGGAGAAGCCCUCUUCCUAAACGUGGAGCCCAGACUGGUUGCUGUGGAACCUUCCAGAGCUUCAGAGAUUGGAGGGCUCUGGGCCACCAUCCAAGGCUCUGGUUUGGAAGAUGUGAGCCUGGUGUUAUUUGGAUCUCGGUCUUGUGCUAUGGAUAUCACCAGAAGCAAUUCACAAAGAAUUCAAUGCAAAGUUCCACCCAGAGGGAAAGAUGGACCCAUUGUGAAUUUGACUGUGAUUACAGGGGACCAUUCUGCAGUUCUUCCCAUGGCAUUUACAUACGAUUCCUCUUUAAAUCCAGUGAUCAUUUCUCUGAGCAGAAACAGGAGCAACAUAGCAGCUAAAUGCCAGUGUUCCUCCCUGCUCUUCGUAUGCCAUGAGGACAGCGUGAGGGCGAAAUGGGAUGGCACGUGUAUGCCCCCACAGCCUGGAGGUGGUGCUGCCCCCGGCUGCCCCCUGGCCUCCAAGAAUCUCUGUCUCCAUCAAUGGGUCAGCAUUUGCUCACGACGGGUUGAUCUUCACAUCCAGUAUGUCACAGAAGUUUUCAGCAUUGAGCCUUGCUGCGGGUCCCUUCUGGGUGGAACCAUCCUCACCAUCUCAGGAAUAGGGUUCAGCAGGGACCCCGAUCUGGUACGGGUGCUUGUGGGUAAUCGGACCUGUGACAUCGUGAACUCAACAGACCUGUCCAUCUGGUGUGAGACCCCACCCACAGCUCUGCUGCCCGAAGCAAAUGUUCCCGCUGUCCCAGCCCCCGUGGAGGUCUGGGCUGGCAAUGUGUCCUUUGCCGAGGACCCUUACACAGCCUGGUUGGGGAAGGGCUUUACUUUCAUGUAUGAAGCAGCAAGGACACCAGUGGUCACUGCCGUGCGAGGAGAAAUGACCAAUAGCAGCCUGAGGCUUUCCGUGGAAGGAAAUAUCCUCCCCACCUCAGUGAUCCUGCUGGUCUUAGACUGUGAUCUGGAGAUGCAGUCUUUAUGGAGCAACAUGAGCCUGUCUGGGUGCUCCUUUCCUCUUCACAGUUUGGGCGGAACCUAUCCUCUCCAAGUACGUCAAAAGCAGAUGGUUGCUAACAUGUCUGCUGUGCCCCAACAAUUUGUGAUAACACCCCGGAUAAUGGCCAUCUUGCCAACACGUGGGUCUGCUUGUGGCGGGACCGUACUCACGGUGAGGGGGCUGGCCCUCAGCUCUAGGAAGAGGUCAGUUCAAGUGCACCUUUCGGGUCCAUUUACUUGUGUGAUUUUGAGCUUGGGAGACCAGACAGUCCUCUGCCAGAUUAACCAAGUGGACGCCCCCUUGCCUAAUGCUUCCUUCACCCUGAACGUCACAGUCUGGGUGAAUGGGCUACCCAGUGAAUGUCAGGGCCUUUGCACUCUUUUCUUGCAGGAAGAAACAACUCCCAUUGUGGACUCCUUGACCACUAUCAGUGGGUCUCUGACCAUGGUGCUGAUUAGCGGUCAGAAGUUAGACAUCACAACAGAUGAGCCAAUGGUGUUUGUGGAUAAUCACCUUCCCUGUGUUGUAACUUUCUUUAAUGCAAGCCAUGUGGCAUGCUGGAUAAGUGACUUGACCCCAGGACUCCACCAUGUAUCCGUUUUUCAUACAAGAAUUGGAUAUGCUUGUUUUGGUAAUGUUUCCAGGCACUUCCACAUUUUGCCUGAAGUGUCUCAUUAUUUCCCCAAGAAUUUCAGCAUCCAUGGUGGAAGCCUCUUGUCCAUGGAGGGCACAGCUCUGUGUGGAGAGAAUAGCACACUAGUCUUCAUUGGACAGCAGGCCUGCCUGACAGUGAGCAUCAGCUCCAAGUUCAUCCAGUGCAUUGUUCCUGCAGGAAAUGGCUCUGGGGGCCUGGUCAUCGAGGUAGAUGGACUUUCAUACCAGAUGGGAGUCAUUGGGUACAGCAAUGCCUACCCACAGUUAUUGUCUAUUUCUCAGACUGAUGAUGUCUUAACCUUUGUGGUAGCCCAGGUCUCAGGAGCUGAAAACGUUGACAUUUUUAUUGGGAUGUCACCCUGUGCGGGUGUCUCUGGCAACCACACGGUUCUCCAUUGUGUGGUCCCACCCCUUCCUGCUGGGGAGUACCCAGUAAGAGGGUACGACCGCACAAGGGGGUGGGCCUCUUCCAUCCUGGUCUUCACAUCCACAGUCACUGUUUUGGCCGUAACUGAGAACUUCGGCUGCCUGGGUGGAAGCCUUGUGCAUGUGUUCGGAGGAGGAUUUUCUCCAGGGAACAUCUCAGCUGCUGUGUGUGGCGCUCCCUGCCAGGUCUUGGCUAACGCUACAGUGUCAGCCUUCAGCUGCUUGGUCCCGCCCCUGGAUGUGUCCUUGGCUUUCCUGUGUGGCCUGAAGCAUGCGGAGGAGAGCUGCGAAGCCUCCGGCAGCACCUACGUGCAGUGUGAUUUGUCAGUCAGUGGGACAGAGACAGUGCCCCAGUCAUGGUCCUACCUCUAUAUUUGUGAAGAAAGUCAGUGCCUCUUUGCACCAGAUCAUUGGACAGAGUCAGCCUUCCCAUGGUUCUCAGGCCUCUUCCUCAGCCCUAAAGUGGAAAGAGAUGAAGUUCUCAUCUAUAAUAGCUCCUGUAACAUUGCCAUGGAAACUGAGGCAAAGAUGGAGUGUGAGACGCCUAAUCAGCCAAUUACCGCCAAGAUUACUGAGAUACGGAAGAGCCGGGGCCAGAACACUCAGGGCAGCUUUUCCUUUCAUUUCUGCCGGAGGUGGUCGAGGGCUCACAGCUGGUUUCCUGAAAGAGUGCCACAAGAUGGCGACAACGUCACGGUGGAGAACGGCCAUUCCCUGCUGCUUGAUACCAACACAAGCAUCCUCAGCUUGCUGCACAUUAAAGGAGGCAAGCUGAUUUUCAUGGAUCCAGGACCCAUUGAGCUUAGGGCACACUCCAUCCUCAUUUCCGAUGGUGGAGAGCUCUGGAUUGGAUCUGAGGAUAAGCCCUUCCAAGGCAAAGCUGAGAUCAAACUCUACGGGAGUUCCCACUCUACUCCCUUCUUUCCAUAUGGUGUCAAGUUCCUGGCGGUGAGAAAUGGAACUCUUUCCCUGCAUGGUUUGCUCCCAGAAGUAACUGUCACCCAUCUUCGAGCAGCUGCCUCUGCCCGGGACACAGUGUUGGCUCUGGAGGAUGCCGUGGACUGGUGCCCUGGAGAUGAAGUUGUCAUCAUUGGUGGAAUCGGUGUCGAAGGUGCCAAACCCACAGAAGAGAUUGUCAUUGUGGAAGCAGUGCACAAAACAGACCUCCACCUGAGGUCACCCUUGAGAUAUUCUCACAACUUCACAGAGAAUUGGGUGGCUGGAGAACGCCAUAUUUUAAAAGUCACGGUAGUGCUGCUCAGUAGGAGGGUCACCAUACAAGGGAAUCUCACUGCUGAAAGGAUGAAGCACCUCGCUUCAUGCCAGGAGGCCAGUGCUUCAGAAGCGAAUCUGCAGGACUGUUUCUAUUCCAAGAGUGAGAAGAUAUUGGGAUCCAGGGAUCUGGGGGCCAGAGUCAUUGUUCAGUCUUUCGCAGAGGAACCCAGCCGGGUCCAGUUGAAGGGAGUGCAGUUUCGGGCAUUGGGGCAAGCCUUCCGUAAGCAUCUGAGCUCACUGACUCUGGUGGGAGCUAUGAGAGAUUCCUAUGUACAGGGUUGCACAGUGUGGAGCUCCUUCAGUAGAGGCCUUAGCAUGUCAAGGACCUUGGGCCUGAAGGUGGACAGUAAUGUAUUCUACAAUAUUUUAGGCCAUGCACUGCUGGUGGGUACAGACAUGGACAUAAAAUACAUGUCUUGGGAAAUGACUCCCAAAAAAACAAUUGACCGGUCAGAACAGGGAAAUAUCAUAAGAAACAAUGUGAUCAUCAGUGUUUCUGGCACCGAGGGACUGUCCAGUCCUGAAAUGUUGACACCAUCUGGUAUCUAUAUCUGUAAUCCAACCAACGUUGUAGAGGGAAACAGGGUGUAUGUUGCUGGUUUGGGAUACUUUUUUCAUCUGGUGACCAGCCAAACAUCACAAGCUCCACUUCUCUCCUUUACCCAGAAUAUUGCACAUUCUUGUACAAGGUCUGGUCUCUUUAUUUACCCUCAGUUUCGACCACCUUGGGAUAACGGCAGGGGCCCCACCCUGUUCCAGAACUUCACAGUUUGGGGAAGUGCAGGUGGUGCCCAGAUUUUUAGAAGUAGCAAUCUUCACCUGAAAAACUUCCAAGUUUAUUCAUGCAGAGAUUUUGGAAUUGACAUCUUAGAAAGUGAUGCAAAUACUUCAAUUACUGACAGCUUAUUACUUGGCCAUUUUGCCCACAAGGGAAGCCUGUGUAUAUCAGCUGGGAUCAAAACUCCCAAAAGAUGGGAACUGAUAAUAUCUAACACAACCUUUGUCAAUUUUGAUCUCACUGACUGCGUGGCCAUCAGGACCUGUGCGGGCUGUUCCCGGGGACAGGGUGGAUUUACUGUGAAGACCAACCAACUGAAAUUUAUAAACUCUCCAAACUUAGUAGCAUUUCCAUUUCCUCAUGCAGCAAUUUUGGAAGACUUGGAUGGGUCUCUGUCUGGGAAAAACAGAAGUCAUAUUCUUGCUUCUAUGGAAACCCUUCCAGCUUCUUGUUUGGUCAAUGAAAGCUUCAGUCAGAUUGUUCAUGGCAGCAUCUGUGGGGAAGAUGUUCUCUUUCAUCGAAUGUCUAUUGGUUUAGCUAAUGCUCCAGAUGUUUCUUAUGAUUUAACCAUGACUGACAGCAGAAAUAAGACAACCACUGUCAAUUAUGUACAUGACACACUGUCUAACCUUUAUGGCUGGAUGGCUCUGCUCUUGGAUCAAGAGACUUACUUACUGCAGUUUGACACCCCUUGGAUCAACAGCUCUCUGCAGUACUCAGCAACGUUUGGCAGCUUUAUUCCUGGGAACUACCUCCUGCUGGUGCACACGGUCCUGUGGCCUUACCCUGACAUCCUCAUAAGGUGUGGGAAUCAGGUGGGGCGGUCCCUUCCAUCUCUGCCAUCACCCGGUUGGGACCAAGGUUGUGACUGGUUCUUCAAUACCCACUUGAGGCAACUCACCUAUCUGGUUUCAGGUGAAGGCCACAUUCAAGUGACUGUCCAGGUGAAGGAAGGGGUGCCUCCAACUAUUUCAGCUUCUACCUCUGCACCUGAGUCAGCUUUUAAAUGGUCCCUUCCUGAAGCAUGGACAGGCAUUGAAGAGGGCUGGGGAGGACACAACCAUACCAUUCCAGGUCUUGGAGAUGACGUCCUGAUUUUACCCAACAGGACGGUCCUUGUGGAUACAAAUCUCCCAGUCCUCAGAGGCCUUUAUGUGAUGGGGACUUUAGAAUUCCCUGUGGACAGAAGCAAUGUUCUGAGUGUAGCAUGCAUCAUUGCUGGCGGGGAGCUGAAAGUUGGUAAGUACAGGGCACAAGGAUUGGAACUUAAGGGAAUUAACUCUGUGAGAAAGUUCUUGAGAAUUGGUGGUAUCAUCCAGCAGGUUGGUUAA